AUGCUGGCAGGCUCCAAAGCACCUCCACCCCAUUCCCAGCCCCACCCCUGGGAGCAUUUAAAUCCCAGCUGGCUCAGCUUGGGGCAUUCAGACCCAGCUCUCCGACAGCAUCAUGAAGUCAGUGAGCAUCCUCCUCCUUUUGGGGCUCCUCACCCUCUGGAUGGAGCUGCCGGCUGCCUCUGGGCAGCAGCGAGAGAAACCUGGGAACUGCCCGCCAGAUUACAUAAAGUGCAUUCGGGCAGAGCCUGAUGAGUGUGCCAGGGAUUCUGAGUGCGGAGGAAAACAGAAGUGCUGUCAUUUCUUUUGUGCCAUGCGCUGCGUGGACCCAGAAAAAGUGAAAGCUGGAACCUGUCCGCCGGAUUACAUAAGGUGUGUUCAGGCAGAAACUGAUGAGUGUGCCACUGAUUCUGACUGCAAAAAGCAGGAGAAGUGCUGUUAUUGCCAUUGUGCCAUGCACUGCGUGGAACCAGCAGAAGAGACUCCUGGGACUUGUCCAGCCAUCACUGUAUUUUGUCCCGUGGUUGAUCCUCCUAACCGCUGUGAAAAGGACAGCAAGUGUCCAGAAAACCAGAAGUGCUGUGACACCGGCUGUGGGAAAGAUUGUGUUUGGCCUCAGAAUGGGACCCAUCUCUCCUAACGCAUCAGUCGUGAAUACAGCUCUGUGCAUAACUCUCUACUUCAUGGAUAGGUCGAGGGCAUCCCGAGGACAGCGCUGACCCAGAUCCCUGUAUCCUGGAUUCUCCAGAUCCCUGCAGUCUGCAUACGGGGGCUCAAAUGGAGCCUCUGGCACAGUAACAAAUAAACUUGUUUUAUGCCUCA